AGGCGCGCACGCGCCACCCAACAACUGCUCGCUCGGCGGCGGUUGGGCGGCGCGCGCCUCCUCCCAGCCCCUCCCCCUCUGCCCUCGCGCUCUCCGUGCGACGUCGCGGAGCAAGAAGCCGCCGUGUCGGACGCGGCAGAUUCGCCAUAAUCCGCCACCUCGCUUUUCUGACCCCCAUUAAAAAUAAUAAUUUCACAAGCAGCGGGGAAGCCAGCGGGGCGGCCUAGUCGACUGGGACGAAAGUGCUUUAAAACCCCCACCUUUGCCUUACUUCACUACCACCCCCUCCCGCGACCGACUAUGGAGGCUCCGGCUGCAGGAAUCAAUUCCAUCUUCAUGUGUAAACUUUGUAACUUAUUUUCACCGAAUCAGUCAGAACUGUUGUCUCAUGUCUCUGAGAAGCAUGCAGAAGAUGGGAUUAAUGUGGAUGACAUUGUUAUUCCUCUCAGACCACUUACAGCACCCACAAAUGCAAGCAAAAGUGGAGAAGAGCUUCUUGUAGUGAAGAGAAAAAGGGGCAGGCCAAAAGGGUCAACUAAGAAGUUCUGCGCAGACGAAGAAUCAGCAGAAAACAAUAACUGCAUUCCAAGCGAGGAAACACAGCAAGGGCCAGAGGAAGGAACAGAAUUGGCUGAAGUUUUACCAGGCAACUUGAAAUGCUGGAAAUGUAGUCGGAAGUUCUCUAACCCACGUCAGCUAAGAAAACACAUCUGCAUCAUGGUUUCAAAUGAAGGAGAGGAAGAAGGAGAUCCAGGUAAUGAUUCUGACGUUGACCUUGACAGGAAGGAAGAUGAGCGAGAAAAAACUCCGAAGAGGCCACGGAUUCAGAAAACUGAGAAAACUCUAUCCGCAAAGGAAAGCGACCAGAUUUCAGGAGCUAAAAAUCCUAUUAUAAGCGUGGUUUUGACAGCACAUGAAGCUAUUCCAGGAGCUACAAAAAUUAUUCCAGUUGAGGCUGCUCCCCCAGAAAUUGAAUCAGCAACAAAUCCUGAGACAGCAGUACCAGACACAGCUCAACGAAGAGGGUAUCAAGAAUAUGCCAUUCAACAAACACCAUAUGAGCAGCCAAUGAAAUCAAGCAGGUUAGGUCCUACUCAGCUAAAAAUUUUUACAUGUGAAUACUGCAACAAGGUGUUCAAAUUUAAACACUCUCUUCAAGCUCAUUUGAGGAUUCACACAAACGAAAAGCCUUACAAAUGUUCAUACUGCAGCUAUGCCAGUGCUAUAAAAGCCAACCUCAAUGUCCACAUGCGGAAACACACAGGAGAGAAGUUUAGUUGUGAUUACUGUGCAUUCACCUGUCUCAGCAAAGGCCAUCUCAAAGUCCAUAUUGAGAGAGUCCACAAGAAAAUUAAGCAACAUUGCCGCUUCUGCAAAAAGAAAUACUCAGAUGUCAAAAAUCUAAUUAAGCAUAUCAAGGAAACACAUGAUUUGCAAGACAAAAAAGUGAAAGAUGUAUUUGAUGAGCUCCGCUUGAUGACCCGAGAAGGCAAGAGACAACUGCUCUAUGACUGCCAUAUUUGCGAACGUAAAUUCAAAAAUGAACUGGAUCGAGAUCGGCACAUGCUAGUCCACGGUGAUGAAAGGCCCUUUGCUUGUGAGCUAUGCGGCCAUGGAGCCACAAAGUAUCAAGCACUCGAACUUCAUGUCCGAAAACAUCCAUUUGUGUAUGUUUGUUCUGUGUGUUCCAAGAAAUUUGUCAGUUCUGUAAGGCUCCGUGCACAUAUCAAAGAACUGCAUGGAAAUUUACAAGAGACUUCUGUUUUUAAUAGUUCUAUCAAUCAAAGUUUCUGCCUUCUAGAACCAGGAGGUGAUAUCCAACAGGAAGCACUUGGAGAACAGUUUUCACAGACUGCAGAUGAGUUCACUCCCCUAAGUGCUAAUGCUCUUAGCGUACCAAAGCAAUCUACUUGUAAAGAUGAAUCAAAUACCAUAGAUGGAAGCCAUAAUGAUCAGCCCGAUGGUCUUCUGAAAAUUGAGACCGCCCCUUCUUUAGAAUUUGAAAACUCCCCGGUGGAGAAUGUACCAGAACCACCAUGUCAACCAUCAACAGACCUAGCAGCACCAGACCCUCAAUCAGACCUGGCUUCAGAUAGUUUCUUACUUAAAAAUGCUACCUGUGCUUCCAGUGUGCUAAAGGCUUCUCAUGAAAAUGUACAGAAAGUCAGUCAUGAUAGUUCAGUGAAUAUGCAGGGUGAAGAAAUUCAGCUGUUGUUGUCUGGAGGCAAAAACUCUAAUAUAAGUCAGAAAAAUACAGACAUUGAGAACCUUUCAGCUUCCAAAGAGAAAGUUCAACCCUUUUGUCUUAAUGAAUUAGAAACUAGCAAGUCACCAAAUCAAAACACAGAUGAGUCCACAAACCCUCCUACAGCAUUAGAUUCCAAUACAGCCAUCAGUCCACAGCUGGACUCUCAUAAUAUGGCUUCUGAUAAUCGAAGUGGAGCUGUUGCCUUUAUGCAGAUAUUGGACAGUUUACAAAAGAGACAAAUGAACACAGACUUGUGUGAGAAGAUCAGGAAGGUUUAUGGAGACUUGGAAUGUGAAUACUGUGGCAAGUUGUUUUGGUACCAGGUGCAUUAUGACAUGCAUGUUCGUACUCACACUCGAGAGCAUUUGUAUUACUGUUCCCAGUGCAAUUACUCCUCCAUCACCAAAAACUGCCUUAAGCGUCAUGUCAUUCAGAAGCACAGUAACAUUUUGCUGAAAUGUCCCACCGAAGACUGUGACUACUCCACUCCAGAUAAAUACAAGCUCCAGGCACAUCUUAAAGUUCACACAGAGCUGGACAAAAAGAGUUAUUCCUGUCCCGUGUGUGAGAAGUCAUUUUCUGAAGAUCGACUUAUAAAAUCACAUAUCAAGACAAAUCACCCUGAGGUCUCAAUGAGCACCAUCUCAGAGAUUCUCGGCAGGAGGGUGCAGUUGAAAGGUUUAAUUGGAAAACGAGCUGUGAAGUGUCCCUAUUGUGAUUUCUAUUUUAUGAAGAAUGGAUCAGACCUUCAGCGUCAUAUUUGGGCUCAUGAAGGUGUCAAACCGUUCAAAUGUUCUCUUUGUGAAUAUGCCACUCGCAGCAAGAGUAAUCUGAAAGCUCAUAUGAAUCGCCACAGCACUGAGAAAACACACCUGUGUGAUAUGUGUGGAAAAAAGUUCAAAUCAAAAGGCACUUUGAAGAGUCAUAAACUUCUCCAUACUGCUGAUGGAAAGCAGUUUAAAUGUACAGUGUGCGACUAUACUGCAGCCCAAAAGCCACAGCUUCUACGUCACAUGGAACAACAUGUCUCUUUCAAGCCUUUCCGUUGUGCACACUGCCAUUAUUCCUGCAAUAUAUCUGGCUCCCUGAAGAGGCAUUACAACAGGAAGCAUCCUAAUGAAGAGUAUGUUAAUGUUGGUACUGGUGAACUCGCUGCAGAAGCCCUUAUCCAACAAGGUGGCAUUAAAUGCCCAGUUUGCAGUUUUGUGUAUGGUACAAAAUGGGAGUUCAACAGACAUCUUAAGAACAAGCAUGGCCUGAAAUUAGUGGAACAUGACGGAGAAGCAAAGUGGGAGCUAACAACUGAAAUUUCUGAGGAAUCAUCCACUCAGUAUCUGCACAUCACAGAGGCUGAAGACGUUCAAGGAACUCAAGCUGCUGUAGCUGCAUUACAAGACCUAAGAUAUACCUCAGAGAAUGGUGAAAGACUUGAUUCCACUGCUGUAAACAUCCUUCAGCAAAUCAUUGAGUUGGGGUCAGAGACCCAUGAUGCUGCUGCUGUUGCAUCUGUAGUUACCAUGGCACCUGGCACUGUUACAGUGGUAAAGCAGGUGAAAGAAGAGGAGCAAUCAGCCAAUCAUACUGUAAUGAUUCAAGAGACUUUGCAGCAGGCAUCAGUGGAGCUGGCUGAACAGCAUCACCUGGUAGUCUCAUCAGAUGAAGUGGAAGGAAUUGAGACAGUGACGGUAUACACACAGGGUGGAGAGGCCUCUGAGUUUAUAGUUUAUGUGCAGGAAGCUAUGCAGCCCAUAGAAGAACAGACAGUGGAACAAUCUGUUCAGGAAAUCUAGAAAAAAAUAUUUGUAGGCAAUGGCUACACAAUAUUGCUGAAGCCAAACUCUGAAUUUUCAAUGACGACUUAAGGAAGGAUAUGAGCUGGAUGCUAGCAAAACUUUCAACUGCUCCCUAGUCAUCUGGUUAUUGAUCAGGCUGCCAGCAUUUUGCCAAUAGGUAACACAUUCUGUACAUUGAGCCUCAUAUAGGCUGCUGAAAAACACUCAUGUUUUUAUACUUUCAAGAGGAAAUAUUCUGACACUUCUAAAAAUGUAUCUAAAUUAUAUCCUGCAAAUCCUCAGAAAUAUAGUUGGUGAGUUCAAAGCCAUUUACCCUCAGGGUAACAAAACAAUAUCUAUGUCAUCCUGCUACAAAACGUAAGCCAGAAUGCACAAGAAAAGUGGGCUGAUGGAGACUUUGGAUAGCUUCCUAGGAAAACUUCCAGGUUUUGGUUUUUUUAUUUGAUACCUGCCUUUAGUUUCAUAUGCACUUCAAGAAGAUUGUACAUCUAAACUCAGCCACAUGGAUUUAGAGGUCGUUCAACCCUGUCACUGGGAUUUUUUCAGCACCUUUUAUCCUUCCAGGGUGUUCUUUUCCCCACUCAUGUUUACUCAGCUAUGAAUUGUCAAAGAAAGAAGUGCAUUACGUGUACAGUAAUGUUCCUAUUCUAGAUCCUAGCUGUGAAAUUACAACAUACAAGCCUGUGAACCUGCAAACAUUUCCACGUGUUUCACUUUAUUCAGGUGAGUAGUCCCCUUCAAGUCAAUGGGACUACUCACAUGCAUAAAGCUAACCAUCUGCUCACGUGUUUGCAGAAUCAGGGCCUAAAUAGCCUUAAAAAACACGGUACACACAUGAAAAGCAGUUGUCUGAAUUGUUGUCUCUGCUGAAUUAGUGCAGAUUUGGCGUAAUGAUUUAUUUUCAGCCACAAAUUGGGAUUUUUCUUUUCCGCCUUGAGCCUGAUGCAUUGUUUCAAGGAAUGAAAAUUAUACUGUCUUUCAAAGCAACAGUAAUCAAAUGAGAAAUACAAAAACAGUUUGCAAGGUUUGGCUUCUGUAACGUUCUAGAUGACUUUAAUCCCCCUGCUGUGCUGUGCCUUCCUUUAGGUACGACGGGGGCGGGGGGGGGGGUAGAGCUGUGGCAUCUGUAAUAAUUCUGCGCGAUAUUGUCCUCCCUUUGCUCACAUUGAGUAGUGCCUUAUUUCUUGAGUAAUCCCAUUUAUUUCAUUGGAGACUCAGCCUGAGUGAGGGUGGCUGAAUAUUGGCCUUGGUAACAAUAAAGAGCUCAUGUCUGAUGGCAGGUUACAACGUAAUUAUGGAACUGUAUAAAAAAGCAUUAAAGGGGCAUAAUAAAUUCUGAAAUGUUGGUUAAAUGGGAAAAUAAACCACUCCCACCUUCCAGAUAUACUAGAAAUAAAACUGCUAUCUUAUAAAUAUGUAGGCGCAUGCUUCACUUCCAUAUGAAUCCUCUCACUGAAGUAAGUGGGACUACUCAUAUGUAAUGCAUGUGCUUACGUGUUUGUAGGAUUGUGGCCCCGGCAAUCAAAUGGAAAGCCGUGAGCUGUAAUCAGAAGGAUGUCACAGACUGACACUGGUAUAGGCAUGUGAGAUGAUGCUUUGGUACUGUGAGGUACUGCCAGCAAUAUACAUUAAUUCUGGAUGGCAGUGAACUGGUUAUGCUUUAAAUACUUGGAGAAUAAGAACUAUCAUCAUCUCCUGGGAUAAUGACUGUAAAGUACCAUGCAGUGAAACCAAACCCCUGUGUCAACGCAAUGAAACAUUGUUUCAUUUUGUUUUAAAUGUAUAUGCCAUGAAAGAUUUUUGUUAAUAUGUAUUAAAAUAGACAUGUUUGUAAAUAUACUGCUAUGAUGGUGUAAAAGAACUUGUACAAAAAAUAUGAAAUGUAUGUAUACUGGAAGAGUUUAAAGAUUCUUAGUUACUGCCUGUACAUAGCUUCAGAUUUUCAGCUUGGGCCUUGCAGUUAUUUCUGAUCAAAUGUUUUUGUAUCUAAGCUAUAAAAACUAUU